AUGGAUAACACGCAAGAGAAAUCAGCUUGUUUCGACUCGCAAAGUGAUCACAUCGAAGAUGCCCAAACCGCGGAACCACAGGUGAAAGAUUUGGAUGAUCCUCACAAUUGGCCUCAAUGGAAGGUAUCAGGUCCUCGAAAAGAGAUCAACUUCGCCCUUUUGACCUUCCACUCAUUGAUGACGAAUUUUGUGGGAGCUGGUAUCAUUCCAGCCUAUACCAUCUUUGCCGAGGAGUUCGGUGUCACUGUAUCUGAAGUCAGCUAUUUUACAUCAAUUCAUAUCCUUUUUACUGGUCUUUUCCCCUUUGUCCUAGUCCCAUUCUCAAACAGCAUUCAACAUUGGCUGCGCGAAGAGUACCGACUAUACCACUAUGCUGAGAGCUUCCACGAGGACAAGCGCAGCAUUCGAAUGGGAGUCUGGGCUGUAAUGAUUACCCUCGGACCUCCUCUUGGACCACUUCUGAUGGCCUUUGUGACAGAGAGAGCAGGCUGGCAAUGGAUCUACUGGAUCUUCGCCAUAAUUAGUGGAGUUCAAUUUGUCUUACAGGUGUUCCUCGGCUCCGAGACACGAUAUGUGAAAGACUCCGGAACAAGCAGCAAAUCCAAGGGCAUCCGGGAAUCAUUCGCAGUCCGCCGGAUCGACCUAAGUCCCUUCACAUGGGCCGAAUUUUAUCGUCCAAUCAAGCAUAUCAAAUGCAUAAGCAUGCUGGUUCCCAUCUAUGCCCACAGCAUGAUUUUCAACAUCGUCGCGGGGAUGCUCACGGUAGAAAUCCCACAGCUUUUCGCCGAACGGUUCAAUUUCGGAGCCGAGCAGAUUGGCUUGCAAUUCAUCGGAAUUAUUACAGGUACAGUUCUCGCCGAGUUUUUCAAUGCAGCAGUGCUGUGUACUAUGCGGCGACGUGCGGCACGGCGGCAUGAUAAGAUGCCCAGGCCAGUGAACUUCCUGCUUGUCAGUUACCUUGGAUUUGUAUGUGUUAUUGCGGGUUUAGUUGCGUUCUGCAUAUGCAUGGGAAAUACGAAACCUCUACACUACAAUGUCACUCCCAUUAUUGGGAUUGGGGUUGCAGGAUUUGGAAACCAGGUCGUGGCGACGUUUUUGGUCAAUUAUGUAAUCCAGGUGCAUACGGAAAAUACUUCUUCGGUGUCCAUUUUGCUGGGUUUCCUCCGUCAAACAUGGUCUUUCAUUGGGCCGUUUUGGUUCCCGUCCAUGUUUGAAAAUCUUGGAAUGCAUGGAUCUGCUGGGUUGCUUGUUGGGAUAAAGCGUGGCUUCAGAGUUGAUCACUCGAUCCCAGCCAAUCUCAUCGUCAGCAUGAGUGACGAAAAAAGCUCUGAGUUCUUCAUCCAUCAGAGUGAGACUUGCAUGAUGCAGUGGCAACGCGUCACGGAGACUUUCCAUUUCCAAUUCCUUGACUUCAGUAAAACUAUCGGUUUCAUAGAUAACUUCGAGUUCUUCGUCCUCAAGAUCCUCUGCAUGACUUCUACGCGAGUCGAAAUCAGAAGCCACCGCAAGAGCGCGAGACUGAUGCUGGAGAUCGAACGAAAAUGCAAAACAGCGAGAUGCUCCAAAUUCGACGAAACCCGCACCAUCGCCAAAAGUCAAUAG